AUGAAACAUAUACUCAUAUCCUUCUUAUUAAUUACUAUUGCUUUCAGUAGCUUAAGAGGUUCAGAAAGAAAGAAUAAACAUCAUGAUCAAAAUUCAAGGAGUUAUUCUGAAUCCUCAACCGAAUCAUAUGAUUAUUCUAAUCAAUCAUCAGAUGAUCAAUACUAUUCUAAAGAAUCAAAUGGUGAGUAUUCAUCAUACAGUUCAUCUGAAGAUUCUGAUUCUGAUUUAUCAUAUUCAUCUUCAAGUUCUAAUGAUUCAGAUAGCUCAGAAGAUUAAUAGAAAUCCCAUAGACCAAGACCAGAUGAGUUUACCAGAUCAGUAUUUAAAACUUUAAAAUAAAUUGAAAAAGGAAUACUUUAAGAUUGGAGAUUAACUGAAGAUCCAGUUUUAAAAAAUCAAAUUAGAAUUCUUCUAAUAUAAAAUUUAGAAAAUCUACUCCCUAUAGCAUAAACUCCAGUUGAACCAAUUGAAAUCUAAUCUGUAUCUUCUAGAAUUCCUGAAGAAAAUAAUUAAAAUCAUCAAAGACCACCUCAUCCUAGACCUCCUUAACCACCACAUCCAGAACCUGAAGAUGAAUUUGCAAAUCAAGUUUUUGAUACUCUUCAUUAAAUUGCUCAAGUGAUAUUGGAAUAAUGGAAUGUGGAAAAAGAUGUGGAAGUAAAAAAUCAAUUAAGACAGAACAUUUUAGAAUAAUUAGGAGCACUACUUCCUUAGAAUGAAUGA